AUGGUGUCCAUCGUAGACCAUUCUGCUGUUGAAAAGGUAUGUCUUGUGUCUGAUUAGCAUAAUGUUUCCGAAAGUUCUGUAGAGAAUUUAACGGUAAUGCGCUCCUUUCCUCUUGGCCUUCUUUGCUUUAUCGCAGUGAUCAUAUCAAAGCCUUACAAAAUAUAUAUGUAAAUUCAUUUUAUUCUGGAGUUAAUGGCUAUUAAACCAUAACAUAAGUAGGACCUGCAUUGACUAAUAGAAAUCUCUCUUUUCAAGUUCAUCUCUAUUAAUGUUUCAAGUUUGAAUGUCACAUGCACAAGUACAGUGAAAUGCCUUUCUUGCAAUCUCAAAACCCAACAAUGCAAUAAUCAAUAAUAAUGUAAUACUAGGGGAAAAAAACACGAGACAUAAGAAGAAAUAUGAAGAACACAAUAAGUAAGGAAGUAAGCAUACUAAACUCAGCAAAAAAAGAAACGUCAACUGCGUUUAUUUUCAGCAAAUUUAACAUGUGUAAAUAUUUGGAUGAACAUAACAAGAUUCAACAACUGAGACAUAAACUGAACAAGUGCCACUGUCACGAUCGUCAACAGAUGAAGCGGACCAAGGCGCAGCGUGAUAAGCGUACAUACUUUAUUUAGUACACACACGAACCAAAACAAUAAACCAAACGAUACGUGAAGUCCUAGGUUAUACACAAAACCCUACGGAACAAGAUCCCACAAUAAACUAGUGAAAACAGGCUGCCUAAGUAUGGGCCCCAAUCAGAGACAACGAGCUACAGCUGUCUCUGAUUGGGAACCACCCUGGCCAACAUAGAUCAACACGAUCUAGAACCAAAAAACAUAGAAAACAAAACAUAGAAAAUCCACACCCUCGCUCAACAUAUAAUAGUCCCCAGAGCCAGGGCGUGACAGCCACAGACAUGUGACUAACAGAAAUUGAAUAAUGUGUCACUGAACAAAGGGGAGGUCAAAAUCAAAAGUAACAGUCAGUAUCUGGUGUGGCCACCAGCUGCAUUAAGGACUGCAGUCCAUCUCCUCCUCAUGGACUGCACCAGAUUUGCCAGUUCUUGCUGUGAGAUGUUACCCCACUCUUCCACCAAGGCACCUGCAAGUUCCAGGACAUUUCUGGGGGGAAUGGCCCUAGCCCUCACCCUCCGAUCCAUCAGGUCCCAGACGUGCUCAAUGGGAUUGAGAUCCGGGCUCUUCGCUGGCCAUGGCAGAACUCUGACAUUCCUGUCUUGCAGGAAAUCACGCACAGAACGAGCAGUAUGGCUGGUGGCAUUGUCAUGCUGGAGGGUCAUGUCAGGAUGAGCCUGCAGGAAGGGUACCACAUGAGGCAGGAGGAUGUCUUCCCUGUAACUCACAGCGUUGAGAUUGCCUGCAAUGACAACAAGCUCAGUCCGAUGAUGCUGUGACACACCGUCCCAGACCAUGACGGACCCUCCACCUCCAAAUCGAUCCCGCUCCAGAUUACAGGCCUUGGUGUAACGCUCAUUCCUUCGACGAUAAAAGUGAAUCCGACCAUCACCCCUGGUGAGACAAAACCGCGACUCGUCAGUGAAGAGCACUUUUUGCCAGUCCUGUCUGGUCCAGCGACGGUGGGUUUGUGCCCAUAGGUGACGUUGUUGCCGGUGAUGUCUGGUGAGGACCUGCCUUACAACAGGCCUACAAGCCCUCAGUCCAGCCUCUCUCAGCCUAUUGCGGCCAGUCUGAGCACUGAUGGAGGGAUUGUGCGUUCCUGGUGUAACUCGGGCAGUUGUUGUUGCCAUCCUGUACCUGUCCCGCAGGUGUGAUGUUCGGAUGUACCGAUCCUGUGCAGGUGUUGUUACACGUGGUCUGCCACUGUGAGGAAGAUCAGCUGUCCGUCCUGUCUCCCUGUAGCGCUGUCUUAGGCAUCUCACAUUACGGACAUUGCAAUUUAUUGCCCUGGCCACAUCUGUAGUCUUCAUGCCUCCUUGCAGCAUGCCUAAGGCACGUUCACGCAGAUGAGCAGGGACCCUGGGCAUCUUUCUUUUGGUGUUUUUCAGAGUCAGUAGAAAGGCCUCUUUAGUGUCCUAAGUUUUCAUAACUGUGACCUUAAUUGCCUACCGUCUGUAAGCUGUUAGUGUCUUAACGACCGUUCCACAGGUGCAUGUUCAUUAAUUGUUUAUGGUUCAUUGAACAAGCAUGGGAAACAGUGUUUAAACCCUUUACAAUUAAGAUCUGUGAAGUUAUUUGGAUUUUUACUAAUUAUCUUUGAAAGACAGGGUCCUGAAAAAGGGAUGUUUCUUUUUUUGCUGAGUUUAUAUACAGGGUCAGUGCCAAUACCAUAUUUACAAUGUGCAGGGAUACUGGAGUGAUGGAGGUAUUUAUGUAUAGGGGUAAGGUGACUAGGCAACAGAAUAUAAGAUAAACAGAGUAGCAGCAGCUUGUAUGUGAGUUCGUGUGUGUAGAGUCAGUAUAAAAGGCCUCAUCCAUAUAUUUAUAUAUUCUUAUUCCAUUCCUUUACUUAGAUUUGUGUGUAUUAGGUUUUUGUUGUGGAACUGUUAGAUAUUACUUGCUAGAUAUUGCUACACUGUCGGAACUAGAAGCACAAGCAUUUCCCUACACUCGCAAUAACAUCUGCUAACCAUGUGUAUGUGACCAAUACAUUUGAUUUGAUUUUGUAUGUGCAUAUUAUGUGUGAGUGAGCAGAUGAUGGAGUAAGUGUGUAGAGCCCUGUGAGUGUGCAUAGAGACAAAAAUAAAAAGGUCAAUGAGGAUACAAGGUUAACUCAGUCUGUGUAGCUAUUUUGUCAGCUAUUUAUCAGUUUUAUUGCUUGGGGAUAGAAGCAGUUCAAAAGCCUGUUGGUGCCAGACAUGAUGCACCGGUACCGCUUGCCGUGCGGAAGCAGAGAGAAUAGUCUAUGGCUUGGGUGGUUGGAGUCUUUAACCAUUUUCCUGGCCUUCCUACCAUACCGCCUGAUAUAGAUGUCCUGGAUGUGGACUGCAAAAUUUCAUACUUUUAAUGGAGAAUUCAGCAGUGUCUCUUGUACUCGGCUGUAUGGACAUUUUUCCCUUUCAGUAGCUAGGUUUCCAUCCAAUUUGCCAAGAUUUUCAUGCGAAUAUUCUAAAAUCUGCAUAAAGAAAAUAUGUGUGUUUUCCCACCAGGGUGAGUUUCCACCAAACGGACUUGUUGCGGAUAAAAAUCAGUGCGUGAUGACGUAGUGCACAACAUGUAGCUUUUCACUUAAGUUUUCAUGUAAGGAAUACAAAUCUAAAGUUCUAUGUGUUUCCAUCACAUUUUAAACUCUACCGAUAGUUAUGUCACAAGAACCGUUGCGUUAAAUAGCAAAUGUGCCUACUCUGGUCUUGGCACGUACGUUCUAGCCAACAGCUGGCAGAUACAGUGCGGGUAUAGUCUGUGCGGGUAGGCUAGUCUACAUGAUGAGAUUAUGGAUAAGAACGAGAAUAUUUGUAUUUGUCAAACGGUAAUCAAGCAUCGGUCACCAGAAUAAAACCCUCAAUAUUUAUUUGGAAUGGAGCAUCAAGCUCAUCACCGUGCACUUUCAACACCAUGUGAAGUUCAUCAUAACUUAUUUCAUAUAGCCUCAUUAACUGCAUGGUUUCCCAAGUCGUAGUGGGAGGAUCACACACCAUAUAAUCGCGUGACUCCAAAUUUACUUCGUUAUGAUGGUUAUUAUAUCAAUAUUUGUGCAUGAAGGCAUUUCCACCGCCAUUUCUCGCAUUGUUAAUUUUACCAACCCAAAAUGAUCCCACCAUGUUGAACGAACAAAUUAUCUGUUAGGAUUUAUAAAAUUGUACUGAAACUUCCUGUUUCCAUCACAGCUGUCGUGAUUAUUUAUUUUGAUGAUAUAACUUUACUCACAUAAAAACUGUCGAUGGAAACGUGGUUAGUGUUCCUGUUGCACUCAAAUCUGUUUAAAGAAUACCUAUUUUUAGACUUUUUCACCAAGUAGAUAUUUUAUAAAGAAGCACUCAUAUCUCUGCAAAGCCUUGGUGCUCUGUAUUAGAUUCAUGGUGUUCCACUUGAAUGGUCAUUAAACACUCUACCACAGAGGAUGUAUAUUCCCAAAACUGAAUUUAGACCAAAUUGUUGUCUUGAGAUAGGUAUCAUAUCACAGGGAACUUCUGCUUUCAUGGUAUCUUUUCCAUUUAAUCGAGUGCGCUUCUGUGUGUGAUUGUGUGUUUAUCAUUGGGAAAUGAAUUUGUCCACCUUAUCUGUAAUGUGAAGGUGCUAUCCCCCCUCCCACCACCCAUCCCUCAUGAUAAUAUACCCCUCUCCCAAAAUCCUGCGCACAGAACCCCUAUGCAGCAAAGCAAUCCUCUCUCUCUAAGUCUCUCUCUUUGUCUGUCUCCCGCUCUAUCUCCUGAUGCCAAGGCAAUCCAGAAAUCAUCCCACAUAAUUCCUGAGCCUUUACCCUGCGGACCAUGUGACAUCUGCUCCGCAGCCCUGUGCUCACUCAGCGAUUAUAGCACUCAAUGCAUCCAGGAGAUUUAGCCCCAAUAAUCCCCUCACUACAGUCCCAGGAAAACACAGUCUCUGGGACUACGUCUGCCGCUCCCACCUCAACACAGAAGACAAGAGGGAAGCAAGAGGAUCCACCAUUAGCUAAAACCAUUUUGCCAUCAGUAGGUCAUUUGAUUUGGCUUUGACUGUGAUCUUGCUUGGCAGCCCUGUGCCUGGGACUUGCAGACACACACGCGUCUGGCUGAUAGAUGAUUAGUUUACCUCUAUAGCUGAUUAAGCAGCUCCUUCACGUGUGUCUAUCACCAUUAGGUGAUACCCAGCUAACACAUAACGUUCGGAGAACCAUAUGUUUCUUAGAGCUUGGUGAGAGCAUGGUUGUCCUAUGGUUAUUUCGCAUAAUGUGCAACCUUCCCACAACGUUCUGGGAAUGGUGCAGGAUAGUUGCUUGGCUUUGGAAGAUUCUCAGCAAAUUUAAGGAAUUUGACAAAAUAACAUAUUUUUUAGGGGUAUUUCAUUACUUUAUCAGAACGUUUCCUAAAAGUUCAAACAUGGUUACAUUUAAUUUAAAUUUUGGUAAUGUUCUAGGAACGUUCUCCAACUGGUUUGGCAUUGGGAAUAUUCUCAAAUAGUUCAGAGAACGUUAACAAACAACAUCCUCCUGUGGGAAUUUCAAUACUUCAGCAUACCAUUUCCACCAGGUUUCCUCAUGGUUCUAUUUAAAGUCAUGUUCUCAGAACAUUAAGAAAACUUUCCAUAAAAACCACAAGAAAACAUUAGUAACGUUCAAAGAACGUUCUAAGAAUGUUAUUGGAAAAACAUAUACAUUCUGUUCUCAGCAUCAACAAAACUCUCUCUAUUGUCUAUCUUAUUAAGUGUGUUCAGGUGUGUUUGCCGCGCCCACUAAUUUGUCACACCUGAUCUUAAUGAUUGCUUGUUUCCUUUGAAAUAGGGUCUGUUUGAAUAGACUAAAAUAAACAGCUCCAUCCUGGUGGCGCAGUGGACGAAUUCCAUGGAUAAAGAACAGUAGAUCAUAGGUUCGAAUCUCAUUGAAGUCGUGCCACAUUUAAAAAUAAAUAUGUUUGCGUGAUUACAUUUUAGUCAUUUAGUAGACGCUCUUAUCCAGAGCGACUUACAGUUAGUGAUUGCAUACAUUUUCAUACUGAUUAAUGCUUAAGCAAAUGAAUGUCCAUGUGUCCUAUCUGUGGUUGUAAUUCAAAACAGUUAACCCAAACUAAGCUGGCAGUGUUAUUAAAAGUCUUAUUGAAACAUUCAGUGAAAGUUUUUUAAGGAAGUUAUUCAAAAACCUCAAAAUAACCUAUAACUUCCUUUCUCAGAACGUUAAUUAAACCUCCCAGGAAAACUUUCAGGGAACCAUAGUAAAACGUUCUCAGAACCUCCCUGCAACUAAAAAUGAAAAUUCCCAGAACAGGCGAAAUGUUCACUUCCGUUCUCAGAAUGUUUAAAAAACGUUCUGUUUUACCUGUCAGAAACGUAUGGCUUCAUUCCCAGAACCAAUGGGAAACCAAAAAUGCAUGUUUCCACAACUUCCAAGGAACCAAAUGGGCUAGCUGGGUAGACACAUCAGGUCAUGUAGGUGGCACACACGCACAUUCUUAUACACUCAAGCACAUUACACUGAGAUUCAGUCAUUGCUGUAAAAUUGAGAAUAAGUCGUUCAUUUCCAUAAUGCUCAGUGAAGCCGUCAGUGGCAUGACAUUGAGAGUCACUGUGGUGGUUAUGAGUGGCAGGCAGAGAGGGGGAAUGGUGUGGUGAGGAGGGGGAGUUGGUGCCUGCCUGGCCUGGCUGAUUAAUUACACCCUUUCCACUUUGAUUACAUUAAAAGGUUUUCCCUUGAGUAGCGGUGCAGGGAAGUGUUCUGGUACACGUGGCCAUGUUACUGAUUGACUGACAUUCUGCAGAUCCAUGGCUAGGCACAUAGUGUGGUAGAGCUUCCGCCUCUGCUCUUUCCUCUGGACACACUUUGGCCCUUUGUUCUAUUCAAUAAGACAGCUCUGCCAAGUUCUUUAGUGGCAUUAGCAGCCUUACUUAAAUCAUGCCCACCUGUUUACCAUUGCUUAAAAUCACAUUCACCAAGGAACAGAGGAAAGGAACAUUUCCCCAGCCAGCGGCAUUUUUAUUUUAAAUUUUACAAAUAACAAACAAGACAUGAUGCCCUAAGCAAUUUCUGACCAUUACUAAUAAAAAACGCAUUGAAUUGAAUUUAUUUAGCCAAAUUAGUUGAAUGAGUUGAACAGAUUAGAAAGUGAAGUGGCAGCUUGGUGAGUCUUUCUUUUCCCUUCCUCUUGUAUGUGACUCAACAUGGCCAGCCUGAGUCUUGGCUGGGGAGAAUCGGCUGGCCAGCCUGAGUCUUUGCUGGGGAGAAUCGGCUGGCCAGCCUGAGUCUUUGCUGGGGAGGAUCGGCUGGCCAGCCUGAGUCUUGGCUAGGGAGGAUCGGCUGGCCAGCCUGAGUCUUUGCUGGGGAGGAUCGGCUGGCCAGCCUGAGUCUUGGCUGGGGAGGAUCGGCUGGUCUUGCUGCUCUCUGUACUUUAAAAGAGAGUGGUUUUACUUGUUAUUCUGUAGCAGAAUUGAAGUGUUCCACUACACUGUCACUAGAGCUCUCUCUCUCUCACACACACACACACACUCCGUCUCUCUCUCUCGCUCUCCCUCUCUCACUUCCUCGCUCUCUCUCUGGCCUCAUCAUAAACCCUCCAGCCUCUCGUCUCCUCUCAGUAGUAAUUCAGAGCAGUGAGGGGAUUAGCGGUAGACCACGUCUCCCUGUUUUAUCAGACCCAGCACGGAAGGCACCCAGUCAUGCUGAAUCCAUCCCCACUGCAUGGCUCCACAACAGGCUGAGACUGGGACACAACGCCCUGCCGAGCUCCACUGAGCUCCACCACUCACAGCUACACAGCUCAACACGACCUGCGCUCACACGCCCAAGCACCCGCUAUCUUUUCCUGUACACUACUUUCUGGCUUUAAUCUCCCCAGCAGGAUUAAGAACUUCCUCCCCUGUCGUGUCCCAGGCUCUCAGAUGCUUGGUAGUGGGACACUGGGACGAUGAUGCUGGCCUGUGAUAAUCGAUCUCUCCUGUUAACACACUGGCCCUUGUUGCACCACAGCACUGUGCUGACUAGGCUGAUACUGGAGCCCAUCUCUGGCUCCUAUCUUACCUCUGCAGACGUUCAGCUCUCUGAUAUGUAGGACACACUAUACUAUACUCAGUGCCCUCACUGUUGAGAUAUUUAUACUAUCUACAGACUCAAAGGUUGUUUGGAAUUUGGAUAACACUACUUAAAGCCUGCAUGUAUAAUGCAGUAUGAUUAAACCUGUAGGCGUUUUACAAUUUAACAGAGAUCCAGGCACUAGCUAAAGCUAGUGGGAUAAAUAUUGCGAGGGGAGACAUCCUCCAUAGGCAGGAAAGGAAAAAGUUAAUCUCUCUGUGUGCUCUGUUAUGUGCCACCGUGCCAGUGGUGCCAGUGGUGCCAGUUGUGCCAGUGGUGCCAGUGUCUGGACUUGGGAAACACGACACACACUCAUCUCUCCUGUGAUCUUAUCGUCAUGCAGACAGAGCGGCUCUCUGGUUUAUGGACUUUGUCCACAGUCUGGAAUGUGCCCAUGCAUCCCAAUGAACUUGUUCAUAAACCAUGGUGGGGCUUGAUAGUGACUGGUGGUGGUGGAUACUUUGUGAUGAUGGUGGUAUCUGCCCUGAGGCAGGGUGUGUGUCUGCAUGCUGAUCAGCUGACUACAGCUCUGACCUCUAGCAUGGGUUCACGACUGUGGACGUGGUGAGGGAUUUCGAUUUUAUCUUGUGUGUGUAAGGCUUAGAUUUGAGCUUGUGUAUGGAGAUGGAUCUGUGUGUGUGUGUGUGGUGGGAGGGGAGGGGGGGGGGGGUACUGAGAUGUUACAACUGAGAUGUUACAUGCAGGUACCCAAUGGGCACACUACGUCAUUUCAACGUAGAUAAUUGACUAUUUGGUUGAGACGUUGAUCAAUGAGUUUACAACCUAUAUUCACCCACUCAAAAAGACAGCCAAAAGUUAGUUGAAUUUCCAGUGGGUUAUCAGUAUCCUUUCAAACAUCUAAAAGCGCAACAAAAUUCCAAUGGAAAAACAAUGUCUGAUUUUUGGUUUAGUUGUCACCCAAAUAUCUAUCACUUUGCUUUCAACGAUUUAAAAGCACAGCAACGUUCAAAUGGGAAUACAAUGUCAGAUAUUUUGUUUAUUUAUACAACAGAUUAAUGUGUUAUCACUGUGCUUCAUCUAUUAACAGAACCAAAUGACCUGGAUUGCAGUUGAGAUUACAUUAAAAGUAUAUGGUGCAAGUGACCAAUGCUGAUCGAGAUUCUGCGCAGAUUAUUACAGCAAUUGUGAAGUUCUCCAAAGACCUGUGAUGACCUAUGCAUGCUACAAAGUAUGUGGGCACCCCUUCAAAUGAGUGAAUUCGGCUAUUUCAGCCACACCCGUUGCUGACAGGUGUAUCAAAUCGAGCACACAGCAAUGCAAUCUCCAUAGACAAACAUUGGCAGUAGAAUGGCCCGUACUGAAGAGCUCAGUGACUUUCAACGUGGCCCCGUCAUAGGAUGCCACCUUUCCAACAAGUCAGUUCGUCAAAUUUCUGCCCUGCUAGAGCAUCCCCGGUCAACUGUAAGUGCUGUUAUUAUGAAGAGGAAACAUCUAGGAGCAACAACGGCUCAGCCGUGAAGUGGUAGGCCACACAACCUCACAGAACGGCACCGCCGAGUGCUGAAGCGCGUAGCGCGUAAAAAUAGUCUGUCCUCGGUUGCAACACUCACUACCUAGUUCCAAACUGCCUCUGGAAGCAACAUCAGCACAAGAACUGUUCGUCGGGAGCUUCAUGAAAUGGGUUUCCAUGGCCGAGCAGCCACACGCAUGCCUAAGAUCAGGAUGCGCAAUGCCAAGCGUCGGCUGGAGUGGUGUAAAACUCGUCGCCAUUGGACUCUGGAGCAGUGGAAACGCGUUCUCUAGAGUGAUGAAUCACGCUUCACCAUCUGGCAGUCCAAUGGACGAAUCUGGGUUUGGCGGAUGCCAGGAGAACGCUACCUGCCCGAAUGCAUAUUGCCAACUGUAAAGUUUGGUGGAGGAGGAAUGAUGUUCUGGGGCUGUUGUUCAGGGUUCGGGCUAAGCCCCUUAGUUCCAGUGAACGGAAAUCUUAAGGCUACAGCAUAUAAUGACAUUCUAGAAGAUUCUGUGCUUCCAACUUUGUGGCAACAGUUUGGGAAAAGCCCUUUCCUGUUUCAGCAUGGCAAUGCCCCCAUGCACAAGGCGAGGUCCAUACAGAAAGGGUUUGUCGAGAUCGGUGUGGAAGAACUUGACUGGCCUGCACAGAGCCCUGACCUCAACCCCAUCUAAAACCUUUGGGAUGAAUUGGAACGCUGACUGCGAGCCAGGCCUAAUCGCCCCUAACCUGACCUCACUAAUGCUCUUGUGGCUAAAUGGAAGCAAGUCCCUGCAGCAACGUUCCAACAUCUAGUGGAAAGCCUUCCCAGAAGAGUGGAGGCUGUUAUAGCAGCAAAAGGAGUACCAACUCCAUAUUAAUGCCCAUGAUUUUGGAAUGAGAUGUUCGACAUUUGGCCAUGUUUAUCUUGAACAUGCACACUUUAUAUGACUACAUAAGAAAACAUUUAUAGUUACAGUAACCUCUAAACAUUUAAAGAAGAUGUAACUGCUUGGAUAGUUUCAUCUGAGUCACUGGCGUAAUCAGUGGUGUAAAGUACUUAAGUAAAAAUACUUUAAAGUAUGUUUGACUACUUUUACUUUUACUCCACUACAUUCCUAAAGAAAAUAAUGUACUUUUUACUCCAUACAUUUUCCCUGACACCCAAAAGUACUCGUUACAUUUCGAAUACUUAGCAAGACAGGAAAAUGGUCCAAGUCACACACUUAUCAAGAGAACAUCCCUGGUCAUCCCUACUACCUCUGAUCUGGCGGACUCCCUAAACACAAAUGCUUAGUUUGUAAAUUAUGUCUGAGUAUUGGAGUGUGCCCCUGGCUAUCCGUAAAUAAAUAAAAAACAAGAAAAUCGUGCCAUCUGGUUUGCUUAAUAUAAGGAAUGUGAAAUGAUUUAUACUUUUACUUUUACUUUUGAUACUUAAGUAUAUUUUGGCAAUUACAUUUAUUUUUUAUACUUAAGUAUAUUUAAAACCAAAUACUUUUAGACUUUUACUCAAGUAGUAUUUUACUGGGUGACUUUCACUUUUACUUGAGUCAUUUUUUAUUAAGGUAUCUUUACUUUUACUCAAGUAUGACAAUUGGGUACUUUUUCCACCACUGGGAGUAAUUCCAUUCUUUAACUCUGUGGUCACCAACCUUUUCUGAGUCAAGAUCAUUUUCUUAGUCAAAAUGCAAGCCGAGAUCUACCACUCAGAUUUUUUUUUAAACAUGACUUAAAAAACGUAAGCCUAUGCAACAUUAACCAAUUAAAACAGUUUUGUAGCAAUAAGGUUAGUGCAGUAGGCUAUAGGCCCAAUACAUUAUCACAUUGGCUAUGCUUGAAUUGCCCUGCCAAUAUUAUUCUUCUCAGACCAUUUUGAAAUUAUAUUUCAACAUUUUAUGUAUGUCAUCACACUGGUAAUACACUGAACAAAAAUAUAAACACAACAUGUAAAGUGUUGGUCCCAUGUUUCAUGAGCUGAAAUAAAAUAUCCCAGAAAUGUUCCAUACGUACAAUAAGCUUAUUUUUCUGUUAGUGAGCAUUUCUCCUUAGCCAAGAUAAUCCAUCCACCUGACAGGUAUGUCAUAUCAAGAAGCUGAUUAAACAGCAUGAUCAUCACACAGCUGCAGCUUGUGCUGGGGACAAUAAAAGGCCACUCUAAAAUGUGCAAUUUUGUCAUACAACACAAUGUCACAGAUGUCUCAAGUUUUGAGAGAGAAUUUGGCAGUAUGUCCAACAGGCCUCACAACCACAGACCACGUGUAUGGGGUCAUGUGGGUGAGCGGGUUGCUGGUGUCAACGUUGUGAACAGAGUGCCCCAUGGUGGCAGUGGGGUUAUGGUAUGGGCAUUCAUAAGCUACGGACAACAGACACAACUGCAUUUUAUCGAUGGCAAUUUGAAUGCAGAGAUGCGGUGAGGAGAUCCUGAGGCCCAUUGUUGUGCCAUCCAUCCUUGACCAUCAUUACAUUUUAGUCAUUUAGCAGACGCUCUUAUCCAGAGCGACUUACAGUUAGUGAGUGCAUACAUUUUUCAUACUUUUUUCAUACUGGCCCCCCAUGGGAAUCGAACCCACAACCCUGGCGUUGCAAGUGCCAUGCUCUACCAACUGAGCUACAGGAGGCCAUGUUUCAGCACGAUAAUGCACAGCCCCAUGUCGCAAGGAUCUGUCCACAAUUCCUGGAAGCUGAAAAUGUCCCAGUUCUUCCAUGGCCUGCACACUCACCAGACAUGUCACCCAGUGAGCAUGUUUGGGAUGCUCUGCAUCGACGUGUACACAGCGUGUUCCAGUUCCCAAUAUCCAGCAACUUCGCAGAGCCAUUGAAGAGGAGUGGGACAACAUUUCACAGGCCACAAUCAACAGCCUGAUCAACUCCAUGCGAAGGAGAUGUUUCGCGCUGCAUUAGGCAAAUGGGAGUUACACCAGAUACUGACUAGUUUUCUGAUUCACGCCCCUACUUUUUUUUUUAAAGGUACUGUAUCUGUGACCAACAGAUACAUAUCUGUAUUCCCAGUCAUGUGAAAUCCAUAGAUUAGGGCCUAAUUUAUUUAUUUCAAAUGACUGAUUUCAUUAUAUUACUGUAACUCAGUAAAAAUCUUUGAAGUUGUUGCAUGUUGCGUUCAUAUUUUUGUUCAGUAUAGAUAAUUUGUUUUAUUACUUGUGAGGCACUGCUGAGUGAGCAUAAUAUUUUUAAUUUUUUUUUACUGGACUGGCCUGCGUCUGAUGGUCAGUCUGAAUCAAGUGCACCUACCGCCAACAGCGCAAAACGAAUAAACAAAUAGGAACACAAGGCUUUAUCGUUGGUUGGUGACCACUGCUUUAACUUGUAUUUUUCAUUGAGUUGGAGACGUGAAUCCAACAUAUCAUUUGUUAAAUUGUCGACCAGUUAAUAUGCUAUUUAUUGUUUUUCAGAAGUCAUAUUGAAAUGUGUUUGGUUGUCAACACAACCAAUUAACAACAUUUGAAGGAGAUGUAUCUUCUGCUUGGAUAGUUCCAUCUGUGCCACUAAUUAGUCUGGCUUUAAUUCUAAUUUGUCUACAAAUUAAUAAUUUAUAUGUUGGAUUCACGUCUCCAUCUCAACCAAAAAUCUAAGUUAAAGAAUAGGACUAAAUCAAAUCAAACUUUAAAUGCACUUUAAAUAUAGUUUGAUUUGAUUUAGUCCUACUCUUUAACUUACAUUUUUGGUUGAGAUGGAGACGUGAAUCCAACAUAUCAAGUAAUUUAAUUAUAUUAUUAACGUAAGACUCUCAGGGACGGAUGAGUUGGUUGAUUCAUUUAUUAACCACCAUAUUAAACUCAGUCUUCUCUCCUGUCUCCCCUGUUUGUUUCUGGGUUCAGUUUUGGAGCUUAUGCGGCAACGCCCUGACCCCUAAGCGAGGAAUUUUUGGCAAAACGGGAGAUCUCCAAACCAUCCUCUGUCUGGCCUGUGCCAGAGACGAGGUCACAUAUUCAGGUGCCUUGAACGGGGACAUCUAUGUCUGGAAGAGCAUCAACCUGAUCCGGACAGUUCAAGGAGCCCAUGGGGUAAUUGUGUGUGUAUGUGUGUGUGUGUGUGUGUUUGUGUGAUAGUUGGUUCUAACCAGCCUUAGUUCUGCCACGCUUCCUGGUGGUGUCUCUUGUUUAUGCGUCAGUAGUGGGCUGUAGCUUGGGGAAUGCUAAGCAGCAGGCUCUUCUCAGAUCAAGAGAUGUCAUGCUCUGCAGCUCAUGCUCAGGCUGGUUUUCAUUCUCCUACAGCCAGCCCCCACACAUCUGCCACAGGCCUGCUUUCACAGUCAGACACAAAACUCACUCAAUCACACUGCCUGCCUUAACCCACCUUAGUGCUAUCGUUAGAUCCAUCCAGUGGAUGAUAAAACACAUCAUCAUCCAUGUUCAACUCACCCACCUGCGACUGAACAACUCCUCCAUCCGUAGAGCUUGGUUUAUUUCGACUGAUGAAAGCAUACAAGAGUACACGUUUAGCAGGGUGACGGUGUGCCAUGUAACCCCUGUGGUUCUCUUUUAUUUUGCUCAGUGGAAAGGAUCAGCAGUUUACUACUCUGGAUUAAAUUAUAUCUGUGAGCUCAACAGCUGGAUGCAGGGCUGGAUGGGUGGGGGGGGAGGGGGAGUGGGGUGGGACCCUACUGUGGUCCAUGUCCGUGCUCUGCACUCCAAACAUACUUCUGGCUGGCUCUACCACAGGAAUCCUUCCCGCCAAUCACUGUGUUCCAAAGCAGGCGGCUCCCGGAGCCUGCCAAUAAAAAAGAUAUGAGAAAAAAAACGCUUCAUGUAAUGCACCGUUGUGUUAUCUCUUCACGCAGCAGCUACGGUAUAAUUGUGAAAGCCUUGUUAGACAUGUGUCUGCUGCAGCAGGGCUUUUGGUAGUUGCUGUACUGCUGGUCUGUCUUGCUCAUUUAUUGUGCACAUCCCCACUGACAGACUGUAAUUUCCUCCAGUCAGGGAUUUUCAGCAUGAAUGCCUGUGAGGAGGGCUUUGCCACCGGAGGCCGGGACGGCUGCGUCCGACUAUGGGAUCUCAACUUCAAACCAAUUACUGUCAUCGAUCUCAGGGAAACAGACCAGGGAUAUAAAGGUGACAUACAACUCCCCCAUCUCUUCUCCUCUUCUUUCCCACACAGAGCCAGUCCACAGGAUGUCAAUGUGCACUGAGUCGAUAAAUUAACCAGGAUGUUCUUCUCAUGUUGUUCUUUAGUACAGGCCUUUUGUAUACCGCUAGACUCUUUUCUAUUACAUCUACAGGAUGUAUUCUAGAUCACUAAUAGUUGUUUCCUUUCUUCUUUCUUUCGUUUGAUUUGUGGUCUUGGGCCUAACAGUAGCUAGAGGUGAAAAUAGCAGAGGUGGGUAACUGAGCAGGGCACUGUACAGUCAGAGAACCUCCCCUGUCCUUAUGUGCAUAGAAGUCCCGGUAUUGUAUUGUUCCAUUCCCCUUCUUGGUUAUUCAGCCCAAAGUGUUGCCUACAUAUUUACUGUAUGUACAUAUAUGAAUAUGUACAGUAUACAUGUAUGAAUAUAUGUAUACCUCCAUUCCUUCUUACCUUUACUUACCCUAGAGACAGCCAACUAUACUGUCUCCAUAACAACCACCAUAUUGUGUAGUCCUCUUGCAUUCCUUCUAUGUCUUGUUCUGUUUGUUACAGCCACUCUGUGUGUGGGUGUCUGUCUGCAUGUUUUUAUCCAUUUAACUGUUUGUGCAUGGAUGUGUGUUGACAGGGUUGUCAGUGCGCAGCGUGUGUUGGCGGGGGGAUCAUAUCUUGGUGGGCACCCAGGACAGUGAGAUAUUUGAGGUGGUGGUCCACGAUCGCACGAAGCCUUUCCUCAUCAUGCAGGGUCACUGUGAGGGAGAGCUGUGGGCGCUGGCUGUGCACCCCACCAAGCCCCUGGCCAUGACCGGCAGCGAUGACCGCUCAGUCAGGUGGGUGACCAAGCACAACCACUGUCAAACCCUAGGACUAGUCUAUGCUUAUUAUAUCCACAGUAUCCCUCACACAAAUGCAGUCACUGAAAUGAUCUGGAAAUCCAAAGAAAUGUUUACAUAAUAGGUACACACAUUCACUUCAGGUACUUAUAUGGUUAAUGAGGGAAUUGGACCCACAUGACUACUAACAAAGCUGUCUCUCCCUCUGUCUCUCCCUCUCCCUCUGUCUCUGUCUCUCCCUCUCCCUCUGUCUCUGUCUCUGUCUCUCCCUCUCCCUCUCCCUCUCCCUCUGUCUCUGUCUCUCCCUCUCCCUCUCCCUCUCCCUCUGUCUCUGUCUCUGUCUCUGUCCCUCUCUCUCCGUCUCUGUCGCUCCCUCUCCUCUCCCUCUCGCCCUGUCUCUGUCGCUGUCUCUCUCUCGCCCUGUCUAGUUCUCUGUCUCGUCUCUGUCUCUCUGUCUCUCUCUCUCCCUCUCCCUCUGUCUCUGUCUCUGUCUCUGUCUCUGUCUCUGUCUCUGUCUCUGUCUCUCCCUCUGUCUCUCCCUCUCCCUCUGUCUCUGUCUCUGUCUCUGUCUCUCCCUCUGUCUCUGUCUCUGUCUCUCCCUCUGUCUCUGUCUCUCCCUCUCCCUCUCCCUCUGUCUCUGUCUCUGUCUCUCCCUCUGUCUCUCCCUCUCCCUCUGUCUCUGUCUCUGUCUCUCCCUCUCCCUCUGUCUCUCCCUCUCCCUCUCCCUCUCCCUCUGUCUCUCCCUCUCCCUCUGUCUCUCCCUCUCCCUCUGUCUCUCCCUCUCCCUCUGUCUCUCCCUCUGUCUCUCCCUCCUCUCUCUCUGUCUCUGUCUCUGUCUCUGUCUCUCCCUCUGUCUCUGUCUCUCCCUCUGUCUCUGUCUCUCCCUCUGUCUCUCUCUCCCUCUGUCUCUCCCUCCCCCUCUGUAGAAUAUGGAGCCUUAUAGAUCAUGCGCUGAUAGCUCGCUGUAAUAUGGAGGAGCCUAUUCGCUGUGCAGCUGUGAGCACGGACGGCAUUCACCUGGCGCUGGGCAUGAAGGACGGCUCCUUCACUGUCCUACGGGUCAGGUGAGUACAGGGCAGAAGUCAAAGAGCACUUCUGAUUCUUUCUGAUUAGCUUGGUAUAUGAACUUCAUGUUAACAUACUUUAUUGUGUGCAAUUUCAUUACUCAUCAACAAUAUGCCAGUUAGUGGAUCCAUGGAUACUCAAUUUAAUUCAAGGAUGGUUAUUUAAGGAAUGUAGUGAAUUACCUUUCCAGUAACGUCCUCCCGCUCCACAGAGAUAUGACAGAGGUGGUCCACAUCAAGGACAGGAAGGAGGCCAUCCAUGAGCUGAAGUACUCUCCUGACGGAGCUCACCUGGCCGUGGGCUCCAAUGAUAACUCUGUGGACAUCUACAGUGUGGUGCAGAGGUACAAGAAGGUGGGAGAGUGCAUUGGCUCCACUAGCUUCAUCACACACAUGGACUGGUCCACAGACAGCAAGUAUCUGCAGACCAAUGACGGCAACGGAAAGAGGCUCUUCUACAGGAUGCCAAGUAAGUCUGUCGAUGAGAUGUCUCGGCAUGUAGAUAAAUUACACUGUGAAGAGCCUUACUGUCUAUGGGAAAGAAAGUCAGGAUUUCUCUUGUGUCAUUACCUCACUGUUAUUAAUUAUAAUUUGCUGCUAUGUGUGUCAUGAACUGUAUGCUUUGUUGUGACAACAGUGACGUAUGGCCAUGAGACAAGAUGUCAUGAUGACUAAUGUGCUGCUCAUUUGAUGUUUUAGUUGCACAUGAUGGAGUUAUUAUUGUCUUUCUACUCAGGCGGUAAAGAGGUCACCAACAGGGAAGAGUUGAAGCUGGUGCAAUGGUCCUCAUGGACGUGUGUGUUGGGCCCCGAGGUCAACGGAAUAUGGCCCAAAUACUCAGAGAUCAAUGACAUCAACUCUGUUGACGCCAACUUUAAUAAUCAAGUUUUAGUAACAGCAGAUGAUUAUGGAUUAGUGAAGCUUUUACGGUACCCGUGUGUAAGAAAGGGUAAGGAUUUCCAUUGAUUCCUCUAUUCGUUGACGUGAUGUUGUCAGUCAAUUCGUUGAUGUGAUGUUAUUGCAUUCACAAAUUAACCAAAAACUACUCUUCUCUCUAUCCCAGGGGCAAAGUUUAAAAAGUAUUUAGGUCACUCUGCCCAUAUAACCAAUGCCAGGUGGUCACAUGACUACCAGUGGGUGAUAACUAUUGGUGGCGCUGACCACUCAGUGUUCCAGUGGAAGUUUGUCUCAGACAGAAAGUCGAAAGAAGCUCUUCACAUAGCACCUCAAGGUACAUCACUGUCCCAUUUCUAUCACUGCCCCAUUCUAUUCUACCCCAAUGUGAAUAUGACUCCGAAGUGCACUCUGUGACCCUUCCCCUUGAAUGAUGUUCCUUAUCCCAGCUAAAAGCUUUCUACACCAGGUCAUACACAAGAAUACAUUUGAAGUGAUAUUAGCUGGAAGAGCACUUUUGUGUUUGUAUACAGCUCCUACAACCUUGUCCUCAUUUGUAAGUCAUGUUCCUCAACUAAAUGGUCUUAGACAGAGCUGUGCUGCGCUUUGUGAAAUUAAACCACAUACUAACUGCCAUUCCAUUUAAUUUUCCUAAUGGACCUAGCAAGUAGCAGCCUAGCAGUGCCAGGGGUACUUACUGCCUGGUCUUGGCAUGGCCAACCGAGUUUCACUGCAUCAGCAUUUUUAUGUCUCAGUCUGAGUAAUAGGGCUGUGGAACAGGGCAAGGAGUCCACCAUUUAAGACUUUUCAAAGGCUUGCUUGAUGAAUAUGAGAUGUCAUCUUCACCCAUUUGUGAUCUUUGUCUUGGCUAAAAUGGCACUCAAUACUGGUUGUCUGCUAGUUAUGGAUUAGUGGGUUUUUAACUCUAUUCAACAGACUGAUGUAGGAGCAUCUGGGUGGUAGAUUAGAUCUGAUAUAGUCGUCUUCUCUCCUGCAGAGACGUUGGGCGACUCCAACAGUGAGGAGUCGGACUCAGACCAGUCGGACGUCCCUGAGAUGGACUCAGAGAUCGAGCAGGAGACACAGCUCACAUAUCGGCGGCAGGUUAGUGACACAGCACCUGCUCUCCUCUCAGAUGGCUUUGCCUUUGAAAAUUACACAUUAUGAACGUUGCAUAUGAAAAACAACUGAUAUUACAUUGAGUAAAAACCUUAACAGAUGUCAGAGAGUUAAAUGCUUUAUAUGGUAUUUCCAUGUCCAGGUUUACAAAGAAGAUCUACCUCAGCUCAAAGAGCAGUCCAAGGAGAAGCACCGUGCGAUGGCCAUGAAGAAAAGAGAGAGAACACCAGGGAGCGGGGUGAAGCUACACUUCAUCCAUGGGUUAGGAGACCUCCGGAAGCACCACAUACCACCACCAAACAUAACACAAACAAAUCAUAACCUGUGUAAAACGUUCUCACACCAAGCAAACCUGAAAAGCACACACAAUAACUCAACAUCUGUAUAGUCUUUAUCUAACCAUCUUUUCUACCAACACUACCCCACAGCCAAAAGGUCCAAAACGUGAACGCUGUGUUCUUCAUCAUUGUUUCCUGUGUUGUUCUGCUCCAGCUACAGAGGCUUCGACUGCAGGAGCAACCUGUUCUACACCCAGACAGGGGAGAUAGUCUACCAUGUGGCAGCCGUGGGUGUGGUGUACAACCGACAUCAGAACACCCAGCGCUUCUACAUGGGCCAUGACGACGACAUCCUGUGCCUGGCCAUCCACCCCCUCAAGGACUUUGUAGCAACAGGCCAGGUAGGUAGCACUGCUAACAAUGAAAUAUUCAGAGACAGGGAUAGAGUAGCUUGCCCCCUCAGGGCCUAAGGGUAGAGAGGCUGACCUCUAAGGAUGCCUUUGGGAGCUGGAGGGUCUUCUGUAUAUGCUUAUGGUGCAAAGUAACUAAAUAGAAUUUCCUACUGCUAACACUGUGCUGGAAUUGUUGCAUUGCCCUGUGUGGGUGUGGAAGUUGCUGUGGAUGAGUGGAAGCUAAUUAUUUAUUCUGUCUGUCCAGGUGGGGCGAGACUCUUCCAUCCACAUAUGGGACACAGAGAUGCUGAAACCCAUGUCUGUGUUGAAAGGAUUCCACCAGCUGGGAGUGUGUGCCCUAGACUUCUCAGGUAGUACCCCAGGGCUGUUAACAGAUGCUUUCCAUACACUCUCCAGAUAAUGUAACACAUUGAACACAACAAUAACCAAUUCUUGCUUUAACCUAGCCUGACAUUCUCAGUCAGCCAUGGAGAAAAAUAACUCUUCCUUCACACAGGAGAUGGGCGAGUUGAAAUGUGUUCCAAUUUAGAAGCAUCGCGCUGAACAACCCUUUUAUGGAGAUAGUCUGUGUACUGUGGCAGGCUGGCAGCAUCAAGGCAAAGGCGCUCAUCUCUCUCCUGCUAAUUGGCCACAGACAGAGGCGUAGCUGCCAUUACCUGCCAUGGAUCAAACCUAUACCAGGCUAGUUUACUGUUCCUCACAAAACAAGAGUAAAUAGAGAGGCUCUCUGAGUGAAUUUUGUAUUGAAUGAGGUUGUGUUUUGUUGUUCUUCCUCAGCGGAUGGCAAGCGGCUGGCCUCGGUCGGGCUGGAUGACAAUCACACCAUUGUCCUUUGGGACUGGAGGAAGGGGGAGAAGCUCUCAGCCAUCAGGUUAGUACAGUACAGUAGCUGUUAUGGCAUCUCAGAUGAUCCAUUCAGAUCUCAGCAGGUGUCUCCUCAAUAGGCAGACUAGAGAGAUCAAAGGUCAAGAUAAGUCCUAGGGGUUGACAUACUUCAUGAACGCUCCACUUACUGAUGGAAAACAAGACUAGAAAAUGUUUCUGUUUUCUCAAUGAGUUAGCUCAUAAUAUGCAGUGCAUUCGGAAAGUAUUCAGACCCCUUGACUUUUUCCACAUUUUGUUACGUUACAGCCUUAUUCUAAAAUUGAUUAAAUAGGUUUGUAGAAAUGUUUGCACAUUUAUAAAAUAUAAAAAACAUAAAUACCUUAUUUACAUAAGUAUUCAGACCCUUUGCUAUGAGACUUGAAAUUGAGCUCAGGUGCAUCCUGUUUCCAUUGAUCAUCCUUGAGAUGUUUCUACAACUUGAUUGGAGUCCACCUGUGGUAAAUUCAAUUGAUUGGACAUUAUUUGGAAAGGUACACACCUGUCUAUAUAAGGUCCCACAGUUGACAGUGCAUGUCAGAGCAAAAACCAAGCCAUGAGGUUGAAGGAAUUGUCUGUAGAGCUCAGAGACAGGAUUGUGUCGAGGCACAGAUCUGGGGAAGGGUACCAAAAAAUGUCUGCAGCAUUGAAGGUGCCCAAGAACAUAGUGGCCUCCAUCAUUCUUAAAUGGAAGAAGUUUGGAACCACCAAGACUCUUCCUAGAGCUGGCCGCCCGGCCAAACUGAGCAAUCGGGAGAGAAGGGCCUUGGUCAGGGAGGUGACCAAGAACCCGAUGGUCACUCUGACAGAGCUCCAGAGUUCCUCUGUGGAGAUGGGAUAACCUUCCAGAAGGACAACCAUCUCUGCAGCACUCCACCAAUCAGGCCUUUAUGGUAGUGUGGCCAGACGGAAGCCACUCCUCAGUAAACGGCACAUGACAGAUUCUCUGGUCUGAUGAAACCAAGAUUGAACUCUUUGGCCUGAAUGCCAAGCGUUACAUCUGGAGGAAACCAGGCACCAUCCCUACGGUGAAGCAUGGUGGUGGCAACAUCAUGCUGUGGGGAUGUUUUUCAGCAGCAGGGACUGGGAGACUAGUCAGGAUUGAGGGAAAGAUUAACAGAGAAAAGUGCAGAGAGAUCCUUGAUGAAAACCUGCUCCAGAGCUCAGACUGGGGCGAAGGUUCACCUUCCAACAGGACAACGACCCAAAGCACACAGCCAAAACAAUCCAGGACUGGCUUCGGGACAAGUCUCUGAAUGUCCUUGAGUGUCCCAGCCAGAGCCCGGACAUGAACCUGAUCGAACGUCUCUGGAGAGACCUGAAAAUAGCUGUGCAGCGACGGUCUCCAUCCAACCUGACAGAGCUUGAGAGGAUCUGCAGAGAAGAAUGGGAGAAACUCCCCAAAUACAGGUGUGCCAAGCUUGAAGCGUCAUACUCAAGAAGACUCAAGGCUGUAAUCGCUGCCAAAGGUGCUUCAACAAAGUACUGAGUAAAGGGUCUGAAUACUUAUGUAAAUGUGAUAUUACAGUUUAUUUAUUUAUUUACAUUUUCAAAAUACCUGUUUUUGCUUUGUUAUUAUGGGGUAUUGUGUGUAGAUUGAUGAGGGGGGAAAAAACAAUUUAAUCCAUUUUAGAAUAAGGCUAUGGAAUCAUGUAGUUACCAUAAAAGUGUUAAACAAAUCAAAAUAUAUUUUAUAUUUGAGAUUAUUCAAAUAGCCACCAUUUGCCUUAAUGACAGCAUUGCACACUCUUGGCAUUCUCUCAACCAGCUUCAUGAGGUAGUCACCUGGAAUGCAUUUCAAUUAACAGGUGUGCCUUCUUAAAAGUUAAUUUGUGGAAUUUCUUCCUUCUUAAUGCGUUUGAGCCAGUCAGUUGUGCUGUGACAAGGUAGGGGGGGUAUACAGAAGUUAGUCCUAUUUGGUAAAAGACCAAGUCCAUAUUAUGGCAAGAACAGCUCAAAUAAGCAAAGAGAAACGAUAAUCCAUCAUUACUUUAAGACAUGAAGGUCAGUCAAUACGGAACAUUUCAAGAACUUUGAAAGUUUUUCAAGUGCACUCGCAAAAACCAUCAAGCGCUAUGAUGAAACUGGCUCUCAUGAGGACCGCCACAGGAAUGGAAGACCCAGAGUUACCUCUGCUGCAAAGAAACCACUACUAAAGGACACUAAUAAUAAGAAGAGACCUGCUUGGGCCAAGACAUAUGAGCAAUGGACAUUAGACCAGUGGAAAUUUGUCAUAUAGUCUGGAGUCCAAAUUUGAGAUUUUUGGUUCCAACCGCUGUGUCUUUGUGAGACGUGGUGUAGGUGAACGGAUGAUCUCCGCAUGUGUAGUUCCAACCGUAAAGCAUGGAGGAGGAGGUGUUAUGGUGUGGGGGUGCUUUGCUGGUGACACUGUCUGUGAUUUAUUUAGAAUUCAAGGCACACUUAACCAGCAUGGCUACCACAGCAUUCUGCAGCGAUACGCCAUCCCAUCUGGUUUGGGUUUAGUGGGACUAUCAUUUGUUUUUCAACAGGACAAUGACCCAACACACCUCCAGGCUGUGUAAGGGCUAUUUGACCAAGAAUGAGAGUGAUGGAGUGCUGCAUCAGAUGACCUGGCCUCCACAAUCCCCCGACCUCAACCCAAUUGAGAUGGUUUGGGAUGAGUCAGAUGGCAGAGUGAAGGAAAUGCAGCCAACAAGUGCUCAGCAUAUGUGGGAACUUCUUCAAGACUGUAGGAAAAGCAUUCAGGUGAAGCUGGUGGCUAUUUGAAAUAUAUUUUUGAUUUGUUUAACACUUUUAUGGUUACUACAUGAUGCCAUAUGUGUUAAUUCAUAGUUUUGAUGUCUUCGCUAUUAUUCUACAAUGUAGAAAAUAGUAAGAAUCAAGAAAAACCUUGAAUGAGUACGUGUGUCCAAACUUUUGACUGGUACUGUAGAUUGACCUGAUAAUACUAGGUUUGGUCCAGAUUCAGUUUGGUAUUAUUCAUGUAAAUGUGAGGUCUUUGUCCACAAGCUAUGAUCCAUACAGUAGUUCCUGCAGGAUAACUCAGUUAUCCACCCAACACUGAUUCACAAAGAUACGUGUCCAGUCAUGCAAUAUCCAGCAUCGCAACCAUCCCUUGGCCAUUGUACAAGCCCCAGAGCAGAGAGAGUAACAACAAGUACAUCAAUGCUCCCAAUCAGUGGCGGCUCCUGAAAAAAUUCUCAGGGGGGGCAAUUUUUCUGAUGAUUUAGGUGACCUACACACAUUUUAAAAAAGAUAUGUCCAGCAACAACAUGAAGACAGGGGCAGCAUAUAAGUCAAUACCAGAAGCAUUUAUUGACUGAUCUCAAAAGUGUUGGCUUACCAGGGUUGGUGGAGCCCUCAGUUUCAUCUUUGCCUCGCAAAGCUAACUCAAACACUCCGCAAAACUUCACACACUGGAUUAGCCGGCUGAGGAUGUGGCGGUUCUUGCUAAUGUCGUAGUAAAUAUAUUUGUUAUAGUGAAUAUGGAAUAUGAUAUGUUGAGUAAAAUGUUGUGCUAAGAUCUAUUUAGGUCAGGAGCUGGUUAUAAGUUCUGUUCCUAUCCAAUAACAAUGGACAAAAGGGUCCUAUCUUGUCAGCCUUGUCAGCAGGUGGCCAAGGACAACACCCACGCCAUAGGCCUCUCAGUUCUUCCAACUCACGAGUUCUUGCUCUGAGGACACACACACACACACACACAAACACACACACACACACAUCAUCACUGUUAAACACACACACACACACACACACACACACACACACACACACACACAUCAUCACUGUUAAACACACACACACACACACACACACACAAAAAUCCCCUCUCUUAGGCUGAACAUUUGAAGACAGAGAACCCGACUCAGAGCCAAUGCAACAGUGACAGUAGCCUGGAGGGGACCUCGCCCAACUCAUCAGGACCAAUCAGAAGAUCAGAACUACUAGAUUCAACCUACUUCAUUUAUUGCAUAAAAUGUCUGCACACAAUGUUUCGGGGCUCUCUUCAGAUAAUAAUAAUAAUAAUAAUAAUAUGCCAUUUAGCAGACGCUUUUAUCCAAAGCGACUUACAGUCAUGCGUGCAUACAUUUUUGUGUAUGGGUGGUCCCGGGGAUCGAACCCACUACCUUGGCGUUACAAGCGCCGUGCUCUACCAGCUGAGCUACAGAAAGUGGAUACUCAUGGAUGCGCAUCGCAAUUGUAAAAUGUCAACACAAUUGGAGACACCACGUCAUUUUUGGAGACAUGUUAUUGACAGUAAACUAUUGUAGAUGCGACUGCUAACUAAAUAAAACAUUUUAGCUGGCUAGCUAAUCAUCUUAGCUAAAUGUGGGGCAAACAAUUCAGUUAUUUACCGUUAAUUUGAGGGAUUGGGGUGAAAGAAAUCGAGUUACAUAGUGAUACUUUACGAUAUACUGUAUUGACAAUAUCGCAAUAUUUUAGCGCUAGUUGGCUGUACCUGCACCAAAACACCAUUAUUGUUCCUUCAUAGCUUGUUCUCAAUCUUUUCACAUUGGGAGCCAAUUUGUUUUCAGCACUUUUAUUUCCAUGACUGAUCAAAACUCGUUCUCAUGGCUUUCUGAUCCCUCUGCAACAGACAUAUGGUGCGCAAUAAAAUCACAGUAUCGAAUCGCAAUACGUAUAGAAUCAUGAGACUCGCAAUGCAUAUAUCUUAUCGUGAGGUUCCUGGCAAUUCCCAGCCCAAGUUCAUUUGCCACAACAAAUCUCUUCGCUAGCAAACGCGAUGUCUUCUCCAAAACGGCAAUGUGUCUCCAGCAAUGUUUACUUUUUUGACGUUCUAUGGCAUCUCCACUUUCCAAGCAUAUAUGACCACAUGUAAUAUUUUGGUAAGUGAUGCAAAUAGUGAACUAUGUAGGGCCAGGAUGUAAAAUAUAUGUAGCUGCAGCAAUUUCUCUUAUCUGAUAUGGUAAGUAAUGGGGCUUAAUGUAUAGCUCCCUAAGAGUUUGACGAACGGGUCCGUGCACGCGAUUCCAGAUAUCUUUACCUCUGAAUAAACUGCCUUUAUUAUACCAUAUCCACCCUGUCCAAAGUCUCUACUUGGUCUCAGUUCUCCAGUAAACUUGUGAUUAUCAACACUAACCUCAUCGUUGUGGCGGCGGACAGCUAGCCUGUAUCCCUCAUCCAGUUGAGUGGCAAUGUUAUUUUUUCGUUCGUACCAAUUUUUGGAAAAUCCUCGGGUGUAGGACUUUCCGCCUUUAGUAGAAACCUGUUGAAUUAUUAAAUUUGGUCUGGGAGGUCCUAAUUGUUUCGUUGCCAAUUUAUCUUCAUUUGUUCGCCGACAAAAAGGAACUUCUUUCAAAGACACAAUCGAGUUGCACUGAAGCCUAGCCAUUUUGACAGUAAUAGUGAAUUGAUUGACGCUGCUACCCGCUAUUUUCUUAGUUACGUUCAUGGUUACGUUACGUAUGACGAAAGCGCGUAAGUGCAAGCCCUCAGACACCCAUAGAGAUUGUAUUGAAAGCUCUGAAAUUUGAAAAAAAUAGAUUUUACAUGGGAGUCUAUGACAGACUUCUGGGCGAUUUUCAACCUGACUGAAAUCGCCCCAAAAGGGGGGGGAGCCAUUUGAAGCACGACUUUAGCUGUGGCAGAUCAGACGUCUAGAUUACAACACUGAUAACUACUGUUGCCGUGAUAUAAUUGAUUAGAAAAAAAAUCCCUUCCUUUUCCCGUUUGGCAGUGCGUCGCCCAUAUCGCCCUAUUGAACACACCGCCCCUGCUCCCAAUCUAAACCUUCCCUUUAAUUAGCUAGACAGAUUGAGCACCUCCACUUUAAAUGUGGACAUUUAUAUAUGAGGGCAACAUUAAAAUAGCUGCACUGUCCUUGGUUCUCAUGAAGAGAGGAGGGAGGGGAAUCACCCUGCAGACUCUUAAAGCUGUUCCUUUCUGAAUAGAGAACACUUGGCCCUGUCAACUCACAGCUGAAUGAUUAAUGUCACGCCCUGGCUCUGGGGACUCUAGUAUGUUGAGCCAGGGUGUGAGUUUUCAUUUGUUUUCGUUCUAGUUUAGUAUUUCUAUGUUGGCCAGUGUGGUUCUCAAUCAGAGGCAACGUGUAUCAGCUGUUGCUUGUUGUCUCUGAUUGGGAACCAUACUUAAGCAGCCAGUUUUCCCACAGUGUUUGUGGGAUCUUGUUCCUGUGUAGGUUUGUGUUUUGCACCUUUGGACGUCACGUAUCGUUUGUUGUUUUGUUCGUGUAAUCAUUAUUUAAUAAAUAUGUUCACCUUCCACGCUGCGCCUUGGUCCUCUGUACCCGACGAUCGUGACAAUUAAAGUGUAGGUCUGGUACAGAUCUCUGGCCCAUCUAUCUCAACCUGGGUUCAGACUACAUUCACUGUGAGUGCUAAUCUCAAAUUAAAAGUGUCCAUUUAAAAAAAAGACUAUUGUGUAAAAUCGAAUGGCAAUUCAAAUAUCCAGGACUUCAAACAUGGUCGUCUAGCAUCUAUAUGGACACCCCGAUUUCUCCCAAUGUUGGUCUUGUUUCUCUACGGCUUUGCACUUGAUAUUCAUAGCGGUAAAAUAGUCCAUUGGAAUUCCAUCAGACUAGUUAGAGCAGUGGAGGCCUGCUCAUCUCCUGCCUGCGUGCUGUAGCUGUUGUGUACUAUGCUCCCGUGGCAGCUCAGAGACAACUUGGAGCUGCACUAAUCUCCUUUGCAGGCCCUGGUGGAUAGUGCAGUGAGGCGGGCAGAGGGAAAUGGGGCCUGACAGAGCCUGCCUUGUGCACUGCACUGCCUAGUCCUCAGCUGGGAGAGGAUGGUGAGGCGGAGAGAUAGAGGGGGCAGGAGAGAAAGAAGGCAUCUCCACUUUCCAAGCAUAUAUGACCACAUGUAAUAUUUUGGUAAGUGAUGCAAAUAGUGAACUAUGUAGGGCCAGGAUGUAAAAUAUAUGUAGCUGCAGCAAUUUCUCUUAUCUGAUAUGGUAAGUAAUGGGGCUUAAUGUAUAGCUCCCUAAGAGUUUGACGAACGGGUCCGUGCACGCGAUUCCAGAUAUCUUUACCUCUGAAUAAACUGCCUUUAUUAUACCAUAUCCACCCUGUCCAAAGUCUCUACUUGGUCUCAGUUCUCCAGUAAACUUGUGAUUAUCAACACUAACCUCAUCGUUGUGGCGGCGGACAGCUAGCCUGUAUCCCUCAUCCAGUUGAGUGGCAAUGUUAUUUUUUCGUUCGUACCAAUUUUUGGAAAAUCCUCGGGUGUAGGACUUUCCGCCUUUAGUAGAAACCUGUUGAAUUAUUAAAUUUGGUCUGGGAGGUCCUAAUUGUUUCGUUGCCAAUUUAUCUUCAUUUGUUCGCCGACAAAAAGGAACUUCUUUCAAAGACACAAUCGAGUUGCACUGAAGCCUAGCCAUUUUGACAGUAAUAGUGAAUUGAUUGACGCUGCUACCCGCUAUUUUCUUAGUUACGUUCAUGGUUACGUUACGUAUGACGAAAGCGCGUAAGUGCAAGCCCUCAGACACCCAUAGAGAUUGUAUUGAAAGCUCUGAAAUUUGAAAAAAAUAGAUUUUACAUGGGAGUCUAUGACAGACUUCUGGGCGAUUUUCAACCUGACUGAAAUCGCCCCAAAAGGGGGGGGAGCCAUUUGAAGCACGACUUUAGCUGUGGCAGAUCAGACGUCUAGAUUACAACACUGAUAACUACUGUUGCCGUGAUAUAAUUGAUUAGAAAAAAAAUCCCUUCCUUUUCCCGUUUGGCAGUGCGUCGCCCAUAUCGCCCUAUUGAACACACCGCCCCUGCUCCCAAUCUAAACCUUCCCUUUAAUUACCUAGACAGAUUGAGCACCUCCACUUUAAAUGUGGACAUUUAUAUAUGAGGGCAACAUUAAAAUAGCUGCACUGUCCUUGGUUCUCAUGAAGAGUGGAGGGAGGGGAAUCACCCUGCAGACUCUUAAAGCUGUUCCUUUCUGAAUAGAGAACACUUGGCCCUGUCAACUCACAGCUGAAUGAUUAAUGUCACGCCCUGGCUCUGGGGACUCUAGUAUGUUGAGCCAGGGUGUGAGUUUUCAUUUGUUUUCGUUCUAGUUUAGUAUUUCUAUGUUGGCCAGUGUGGUUCUCAAUCAGAGGCAACGUGUAUCAGCUGUUGCUUGUUGUCUCUGAUUGGGAACCAUACUUAAGCAGCCAGUUUUCCCACAGUGUUUGUGGGAUCUUGUUCCUGUGUAGGUUUGUGUUUUGCACCUUUGGACGUCACGUAUCGUUUGUUGUUUUGUUCAUGUAAUCAUUAUUUAAUAAAUAUGUUCACCUUCCACGCUGCGCCUUGGUCCUCUGUACCCGACGAUCGUGACAAUUAAAGUGUAGGUCUGGUACAGAUCUCUGGCCCAUCUAUCUCAACCUGGGUUCAGACUACAUUCACUGUGAGUGCUAAUCUCAAAUUAAAAGUGUCCAUUUAAAAAAAAGACUAUUGUGUAAAAUCGAAUGGCAAUUCAAAUAUCCAGGACUUCAAACAUGGUCGUCUAGCAUCUAUAUGGACACCCCGAUUUCUCCCAAUGUUGGUCUUGUUUCUCUACGGCUUUGCACUUGAUAUUCAUAGCGGUAAAAUAGUCCAUUGGAAUUCCAUCAGACUAGUUAGAGCAGUGGAGGCCUGCUCAUCUCCUGCCUGCGUGCUGUAGCUGUUGUGUACUAUGCUCCCGUGGCAGCUCAGAGACAACUUGGAGCUGCACUAAUCUCCUUUGCAGGCCCUGGUGGAUAGUGCAGUGAGGCGGGCAGAGGGAAAUGGGGCCUGACAGAGCCUGCCUUGUGCACUGCACUGCCUAGUCCUCAGCUGGGAGAGGAUGGUGAGGCGGAGAGAUAGAGGGAGAGGGGGCAGGAGAGAAAGAAGGAAGGAGCUGGGGGAGGAAGAAAGAUGAGCGGGGGAGGAAAAAGGGGGGGGGGAGAGGGAUGGAAGUGAGAAAGGAGAGUGCGAAAGCUUGAAAGGGAUAGAGAGAUGAAGUAGGUGUCAGUACAGCUCUGUCCUCAGUGAGUGCCAUGUAGUGAUGCAUCAGCACAAAGGCCAGUGAUUAGGGACCCAGCCCAGUGUGCACUACGCUCCAAUGGAUCAGACAGGAAAGGCCACUGAUCCUUAUUGUUCAUAAUGGAAGUGAUCAAGAGCCCUUAGCCAAACUGUGCAGAUGCACUGGGUGCAAUCUGAUUCCCUGUACACUAACUGUCUUCUAAGUUUAUUCCACUUCUAUUUCAGAUCCAUGUCUUUUUGUGCAAUGGAAUGAAUGCAAUGUUUGCAAUACUUUUUUUCAGGGGAAGCAAGGAUAAGAUUUUUGUCAUCAAAAUGAAUCCAUACUGUUCAGACAAGCUCAUCACAGCAGGGGUAAAGCAUAUGAAGUUCUGGCAUAAAGCAGGUAAGAGACCACAAAGUUAAACAAGAGAGUUGACUCCGCAAUGUCUCAAAGAAUGAUGUGAUGUGUUGUCAUGUGAGUUAAUGACACAACCUCUCUUUCAGGUGGUGGUCUGAUUGGGCGUAAGGGCAACAUGGGGAAGACCGAGACAAUGAUGUGUGCUGUGUAUGGCUGGACAGAGGAGAUGGUGUUCUCAGGGACGUGCACAGGAGAUAUCUGUAUCUGGAGAGACAUGUUCCUGGUGAAGACAGUCAAAGCCCAUGAUGGCCCAGUCUUCAGUAUGCACGCCCUGGAGAAGGUAGUGGAAGGGAAAGGAAGGGGUUAACACACGGGCCAUUUGAAAUGUCAAAUAGAGAUGACACCUCUCUCUCUGUCUCUGUGUCUCUCUUUCUUUCUUCCUCUCUCGCUGUUUCUCUUUUUGUUUGUGCCAUUACAAUUCUGAUGGUGUAGUAUUGUCAAUGAAUACAGUAGCAUUGUAUUAUUUCAGAUGUCAGUUUUAUACAAUGAUGCUGUGUGAGUGAUUAAAGAAGAGAGAUUCUAAUCUAUCUCCUGUUCUCUCGUUAUGGCCCACUCUGUAGGGAUUUGUGACAGGAGGGAAGGACGGCAUAGUGGCUCUGUGGGAUGACACCUUUGAGAGAUGCCUCAAGACGUACGCCAUCAAGAGAGCAGUCCUCGCUCCAGGCUCCAAAGGUAAAAGUUCACCCUACCACUUCCGUGAAGCCAAUCACAUUACAUACUGGGCUCAUUGCUCCAACGCCAAAGGAAUAAUCCAGUGGAAAUCCAUUUAAACACUCAAUCAAUUUAGCUUUAGUGAAGAUUGCUGCCUCUGCCCCUUGUUAAAUUAAAGUUUUCUGACGUUAUCCUAUAAUUCACUCUAUAGGGUUGCUGUUGGAGGACAACCCUUCCAUACGUGCCAUAUCUCUUGGUCAUGGUUAUAUACUGGUUGGGACAAAGAACGGAGAGAUUCUGGAGGUGGAUAAGAGUGGACCCAUCACCUUGCUGGUCCAGGUGAGUGGGUACAGAUAGUUACAUACAGUAUAAUUUUAAAGUCAACAGUCUGUCACAAAUGUCACAAUGAACAGCACACACAACAGGCACCAGCUGUGCUUAACUCAGGCUGGCGGGGAUGUGGCAGCCAGGUUUUUGCAGCUUGGUUAGGUGGGAGCCAAUGAGGCAUUACUAAUAAAGGCGCCAGCUGGGGGCACAUUAUUUUGGAUUGAAGGCCUGCAGAUGUACUGAUGUUAUUGAUUUCCUUGUGAAAUGUUCUAGAGCAAAUGAGCAAUUUCUUAUGGGUGAAGCCGAGCAACAGACGCAUAUGGAAUGAGCUCUAAGAGGCUUCUGGAUGCUCGGCUCCUCCAUUGAUUUUCAUUAUGCAUUUAAGAAUUAUAAAAACAAAUCUGUUGAUACGUGUUUGCAAAAUACUAGGCUGUGCUAGGCAUGUAGCCCAUGUAUUUAUUUAACUAAGUGUAUAACAUAUUUUAUGUAGGGGUUAGAAGAUGGUUCACCCUAUAAAAUGUGGUUCCUAACCCCUCUCUGUCGUACCUUGAUUAGAUUGAAUUGAGCUGCACUGAGUGAAUGGUAUUGUCUAUUUGAUGGGUCCACAGGGUCACAUGGAGGGUGAGGUAUGGGGCCUGGCCACUCAUCCCCAUCUCCCUCUCUGUGCCACUGUCAGCGAUGACAAAACCCUACGCAUAUGGGACCUGUCCCCCAGCCACUGUAUGCUGGCUGUACGCAAGCUCAAGAAAGGUGAGUCACUCAACGCUCAAAAAGAGAAGUCUAUGCUACAUUCAUUCACUUCCUUUCUUCCUUUCUGUGGUGCAUUCUUAUAGUCAUUAGGAGCAUUGCUCUCUGAGGUACUAACUGACCUCCUCCAUAGGGGGGCGCUGCUGCUGCUUCUCCCCUGAGGGCAAGGCCCUGGCAGUGGGCCUGAAUGACGGCAGCUUCCUCAUCGUCAACGCAGACACCCUGGAGGACCUAGUGUCCUUCCACCACCGCAAGGACAUCAUCUCAGACAUACGCUUCUCACCAGGUCAGACGCUGUCCUCCCUCCCUCCCUCCCUCCCUCCCUCCCUCCCUCCCUUCAUCCCUCCAUCCCUACUACAAACUCCCUCCACAUAUUCUUUCCUGAAGAAAGAAAGACAAAGUGUAAAAAAUUACUUUGUCUUAAAAAGAAAGAAAAAACAGAUAUAUGAGAUAUGGCCAGGUAUUCAUAUUUUCCCCCUGCUGUGAGGAGAAGAGGUAUUGCUGAAGGCUUGACCCAAAUAUACUGAUGUAUGUAACAAGGCCAGGCAGGGAGAGACACAGUCUGUCUGAGUGGGAAGAGAGUAGUGGGGGAGGAUAAAGUGAGAGCUAGAAACUAAACUCUCUAUCUCAUGGCCAGUUAACCUUAAUCUACAAUGCAAAGGAUCGAGUUUCCCAACACAUCACUGAUAGUGCUUCUAACUGCUUCUCUAUACAAUAUAGAUGUCUGCGCUCUUAUACACUGUUCAAUGUGUUGGCAGAUAGUAGUUUUAUUGUUAGAAAGAAUUGUGACUACCAUAUACAUACUGUAGAUAUGGAGUACUAUUUGUUGUCAGAGUUUAUUUUAUUUGUGUUGUUAUCUUGGCUGCUGACCAGAAGGCCUAACAUACUUGUGAAACAGAUAAGGAAAACCUUUUGAAACAUGGCUGCUGUGUUUACACAGGUGCAGGGAAGUACCUGGCGGUGGCGUCGGGUGACAGCUUUGUGGACAUCUAUAAUGUGAUGAGCAGCAAGAGGGUGGGGGUGUGCAAGGGGUCCCUCAACUACAUCACCCAUCUGGACUGGGACAAGAGAGGUAAACAUGUUGGUCUAACAACUACACUGAUUGUGGCAGUGACCUUUGCAGCUGACAGUUGACCCGGACCAAUGCCAUUGAAUUUCAGGCUAUUCUUACUGUUGGCUCAUUCACAAUGUGUUGAAAUCUAUUUUAAACCUCUAGGUAAAGGAAUAGUUGUUUUUGUUAUUCCAAGUAUCAUAACUAAAUGAUAAUGCUACUGGGGUCGUCCACCGAUUCAGUGCCUUUGAGAAGUGUAAAUACUUUUGAUUUCACCUCAUUUGAGCUUUCUGUAAUAAAACGCACAUGUUCAACCUCAUAAAAAACAUGUUUUUCCACCUGAACAGGUUACAUAAAAAAAUGACUAUAUUAAGUACCUAUCUAGUGCCAAAUGGUUGACCGUAAUAGGGUUGAGGAUUUAAUCUUAAAUCAGCUAUAAAUCCCCUCGUGAGAGGAGGAAUGGAAGCUUGUUGUGUGCAACAGGGAGUGGCAAUUGAAUGCAAGCUUCACCAAAAAAAUUUAAUUGCUAAAACAUUUCUAGCCUUUCUAUCUGUAGGUAACAGGGUUGAUGUGUAAUGCUCGACCCGCUCAGUUUUCCAGCACAAAACACCACCCAGUGGGCAAAAACUGUUGGAAUCAAGGUUGUUUCCGCGUAAUUUCAACCCCAAAAAUCUAUGUGAUGAUGUUGAAUCAACGCAUAAAACUGAUUGGAUUUGCGAAAAGUCAUAAACUUAAGGACAUUUAGUCUUUUUUUCACCAAACUUUUAACCUAAAUCCAAUGACAUGGUGACAUUUUUGUUUGAUCUCAUGUUGAAUUCACGUUAGUUGACAACUCAACCAAAUGUAAAUCAAAACUAUAGUCUGUGCCCAGUGGGAAGAAAAUGGCCAAAAAGAGUAGAACCAGCUCAUCUGCUUUUACAUUAUGAUUUUACUAUUAGAUGUUCAAUGUUUCUUUUGAAAAACUAUUUUUAAAAGGAAUAGUUUCACCAUAUUAAAAUGAGAGUUCAGUUCACAUAACAGGGUUGAUCUUAAAAUGAGGGACAGACGUAAAUUAAUUACUAAUCACAUGUAAUGAAUAAUAAUCCUAACAAAUGACUUUGGCAAAGCAACUAAAUAAUGAUGGCUUUACAAUGAUGGUGAAAACUUGAAUACGUUUUUGGAUUAAGUGGGUUGAAAUCUUCCAAGAAGUGACACAGGGUUGUCGGAGGGACAAGUCAAAAUGCUGAAUUUUGGCACUUUAGCAAGCCUUUAUUCAUAUGCAAAAUCUGAUUGAUUGAAUUCUUCAUGUGGGCAAUUCAUUUAAUAUAACAGGCUUCUAAAAUGUUAUAUUGGUGCACAAUUUCUACUUAAAAUAUCAAAGGAAUGCAAAAGGAACUCAUUUCGUGGAACGACCCUACUAUAAAGCACAAAAGGGUUUAAUUUGAUUUCGGAUUCAGUCUUAACUGUGUUCUUUCAUUCACAGGAAAACUACUGCAAGUGAACACUGGUGCUAAAGAGCAGUUAUUUUUCGAAGCUCCACGGGGAAAGAAGCAGACCAUUCCUGCUACAGAGGUAAGCACAGCACAGCACAUACACUGCUGCCUGCCAUUCCCCAUGGCGUUGUCGUGGCUAUAGUGGGGCUGGCCUACUUUUUCCCCCGAGAUGUCACGGGAAGGGCAUUCAAGCAUUAACACAGCCCACUUUUCUCCAGCAUCAUUCUAAUUCUGGCAAAGGAAAUGGGAUAGUGUUUUUAGGGCCUCUAACUGUGUUGUGUGUGGGGGGGGUUAGAUAGGGGUUAGAUAUCAUAGAUGCUGUCAGGCUAGUGCUGUAUCAAAUCUCAUAGGAACCACUGGUGUCCUCCUCCCACCCCUCAUCUCCUCUUUCAGGUGGAGAAGAUAGACUGGAGCACAUGGACCUGUGUGCUCGGGACGUCCUGUGAGGGGAUCUGGCCUGUGGUCAGUGAGGUUACCGAGGUGACCACUGCCUGCCUUAGCAACAACAGAAACGUGCUAGCAACGGGGGAUGAUCUGGGAUACGUCAAGCUAUUCAGGUAUCCUGUCAAGGUAAGAUUAUUAUUAUGCAUUAAUAUCUUCCCAUUGCCCUUACUAGAAUGUAUUACAUUUACACUGUUAUGUUAAUGCUAAUGUUAAAACAAUGUUAUUUUAACUUAAUGCUACUUCUUCCCACAGGGAAAGUAUGCAAAGUUCAAGCGCUAUGUGGCCCAUAGCACCCAUGUGACUAACGUGCGGUGGACGUAUGACGAUGGUCUCCUGGUGACGGUUGGUGGGGGUGACACGUGCCUCAUGAUCUGGACCCAUGAGGCCGAGGGGCACCGGGAGGCCAGACAUUGUGACAGUGAAGAGUCGGACAUCGAGAGCGAGGAUGAUGGGGGUGAGAAAUAUACCCCAAACCAAACCUGGGUCUCAGUCUGAAGUCAUCAUGUAGUCCCUUUCUACUGAUUGAAUAGCCUCCCUCUAAUAUUUUGAUUAUAUUUAGCCUCCUAUAGAUGGUAAAAAAGGCAGCAUGUGUUCUGAUCUAGUAUCUUAAUAUUUUCUGUCAUUGGCUAGGUUAUGACAGUGAUGUGACAAGGGAGAAUGAGAUCAACUACACCAUCAAGGCCUUAUCCACCAAUGUGCGACCAAUGACUGGGGUCAAACCUCACUUGCAGCUGAAGGAGCCAUCUGUGGACGAGAGGUAACAGACCACAGCGCUGUGGAGAGACACCCAAGGGUUCAAAUCUCUUUUUCAUUUCUUUUUCAUUUGAGGCUUUCUUUAUUGGGCACAUGAUGGACACAUCUUGAACAGUCCAAGUAUUUAAGACAAUCAGUUUAAACUGAAAUGAGGUGUAGUGAAAGCAAAUCCAAUUGGAAGCUCAUAAUAUGUCAAAGUGAGACCAAAGGGUCCACCAACCCAAUUUGUGUAAAUCCAGAUUUCCUCAAUCACAUUUCUUUUUUUGCCUUAACGUGAAUUCAUACUGUCCCUUAGAGGAUAACCUCACCUCUCUCUUCUUCUCUCUUCAAUGGCUGUCCAUCUGUCUCUGUCUGUCCUGCUCUUCUCUUUCAUUCUACUUGAAGGCAGGGGGUAAUCAGGUAAGAGACUUUACACAAGACAUCACCAUUACUUUAGGGAAAUGUACCUCUUGCUAGGCACAAUAUAAACCCUGAGAUAUCUCAAUAUCUCAAAUCUCAAUUGAUAAAGCAUGUUAAUAUAUGGUAUUUUACAGAAACUAUGGUCUUUAUUUAUUUGGGUUUUGGAAAUGUUUUUCUGUUUGGUGAAUUCUGUGGAAGAGUUUAUAAUAAUAAGAAUGUCUGCUUCACACUAUGGUUUGACAACCCAUGCAGCAUCUGUGGGUGCCGGUUAGUGGUUGUCAUAGAGAUGCUAAAGAUGCUGGUUGUUAUGAAUACUCCAUGGCGCUGAAUGUGGUGUAUUUUAUGUUCUCAGUGGCUGCAUUGUCAGUGUUGUGUUAUGCUUCUGUGUCGGUGGGGCAGCUGUGAACACUGUGCUGUCAGAACCCCUGUUCUAAUGUUUCCUUUUUCUUUGUUAUUGCUGCCAUGGAAGAGGGUCAAGGUAAGACACAUCCCCUAUGUUCCAUAUUAAGUUCUGAUUGAAUAUUUCAGACCCACAUUUCACUUACAUUAUUCAUAAACGUCUUGACUUGUAUUUUGGAUCUCUGACUUGAGAAAGAUUGAGGGGUCGAUGGGGUCAUACACAGUAGCUCCUCUUAUUCCAGCUGUCUGUUUCAGACCUCCUGUUAGCAGGGCGCUGCCACAGCCUGAGAAGCUGCAGACCAACAAUGUGGGCAAGAAGAAGAGGCCAAUCGAGGUGAGACUGGUGUUAGCUUCAGACAAAUACACACAUCCAAAUAAUGUUUUAUGGAUGUUAGCUAUCGAUGCAACCUACAUAAACCCACAUAUCUCAUCAAAUGAGAUUUUUGCAUUAGUAUUUGUCAUGCAGCAAAUGGGUUGGUCAUUGUUUUGGUAAUGCAAUCAUUUAGAGUCAAGAACUGUGUUCUGCUUUGUCCACUCCAGACAUCCUCUUCAGGGACCCUAAUUUAACCAGAAUCACAUCUUGAGGAAGCACAUGCUCCUGAUGUUCCUGCUGUACCUUCAAAAAUACAUUGGUUUCAUCUCCCUCGGUUGUCAUAGAGAUGACUUCGAUCCUGACCCUUUCAUAACUCUUCCACAGGACCUGGUGCUGGAUCUGGUUUUUGGUUACCGGGGCAAUGACUGCCGCAACAACGUCCACUACCUGAAUGAGGGGACGGAUAUCAUCUACCACACAGCUUCUGUCGGCAUCGUCCUCAACCUAACCACAGGUGGGCGGGUGGGAGUAGAGAAGGAAUGAGCAGAGUUCUGUUCAUCUGAAGAGGGUUUUACAGUAUUGUUGAAUGAGUCUUAAUGCUGUUCUUAGAAAUUCUAAAUAUAUUGAUUGUCCUUUACUGUUCUUACAAGGGAUGUCAAUUUGUGUGUGUCUGUUUGUGUGUGUUUCCUUGCAGCCUGCCAAAGCUUCUAUAUAGAACAUAGUGAUGACAUUCUGUGCCUGACUAUCAAUCAACACCCCAAAUUCCCCAACGUGGUGGCAACUGGCCAAGUAGGUAUGUUUGUGAGAGGUUGACCUCAUGUUUUCUUCCCUAUGUGCUGUAACUGUGUGUUCUGCUGGGGGAUUAAUGUACGCCCCUCCCCCUCUCUUAUCUGUGCUCUGAAGCAGCUAACCUGCAUAAUCGCAAUCUCCACACAGUUGAAUAAAAUAGUAAUUGUCAUGCAUGCUUGCUGUGUGCCUCGCAAUCCACAGAAACCUACCAAAAACAUAUGCCAUGUAAACAGCUGUUAUUUGUCUCUAAAGAGACAAUCAAAAGCUGCAUGUGGGAGCUCCUUGUACAAUUCCCAUGUGCCUAUUGGCUCUAAGACCGUGAGGAAAACUACUACAAUACAGUAUUCUGACAAUAAUCUUAUUAACACUUGGACUGCGUAAAAUAGUGUUUUAGAGUUGUACUAGUGCCAUUGAUCUUCAUAUUAUUUAGUUAAUCUUUACAUUUUUUUCCAUACAGGUGAUACUGGUGAUAUGUCAGGUAAGAACUUCGCCAUUUCAAUAGUUUUGGUUUGUCCCAGACAGCAGAGGAUGUUGUUCUGAGUGAGUGUGUUUCGGUGCACUAGUGGAAAAAUAUAAUUAUUUUGAAAGGAUCCUUGAUGAUGUGUUUCUUAUGGUAGAUUGAGAAUAGCUUUCUCUUCUUCAUAGAUUAUAUUGAUUGACAGCUUUCCAGAUACCUUCUACUACAUCCACAGUGUGUUAUAUUGAUAGACUGCGACCUAGUGGGUUAGAUGGGAAGGGCAGGUGUGCACCUCACACAAACUUGCUUGAUCGCUUCAGUUGCUUGUAGCCCUGCAGCUCUUGUUUGACCCCCACUUACAUUGGUACUCUAUUCAAGACAAGUUUUUUUAUAUGAAUGUACCAUUGAUAUUCAAUAUCCAUUAUAACUUAUAUAUAUGAUCCGGCAAAUAUAAAACCUCAUAUUUAAAAAAGUCACAUAGUCAUUGGAUUUCGUCAUUUGUGGAUUUAGUUUGGGCCUAAAGUUUCUGGCCUCUUUUCAUCCAGCAUACAGGAAGCUUGAAUCUACACUGCUCUUGUUCCCUCCUUCAGCCACGUCGCCCUCCAUCCACGUGUGGGAUGCCAUGAACAAGCAGACGCUGUCUGUGCUGCGCUGUUUCCACUCCCGGGGCGUCUGCUCGGUCAGCUUCAGUGCCACUGGGAAGCUGCUGCUCUCUGUGGGUCUGGACCCAGAACACACCAUCACCAUCUGGAAGUGGCAAGAAGGUAAACACCUCACACCAACUCAGUACAGGCUAUUCACCUUAUCAUGGUGCACCUGUUAGUGCCCAGCUGCAAUGAAUACAGGAAGAUAGAUCACCUACAGAGCUUCUAUUAAUGCACCAUUAUUUACAAGGUGCCAAAGUGGCCAGCCGGUCGGGUCACACUCAGCGGAUCUUUGUGGCAGAGUUCCGUCCGGACUCGGACACCCAGUUUGUUUCUGUGGGGAUCAAGCAUGUGAAGUUCUGGACGCUGGCAGGCCGGGCUCUGCUGAGCAAGAAGGGUGUGAUGAGUUCCAUAGAGGACGCCCGCAUGCAGACCAUGCUCUCUGUGGCAUUUGGAGCUGUAAGUCCAUUCCCCACUGUUAUUGCCAUAUGAUACCCAAUCGGACAAUACAGUUACUGCAUUUGCAGUUUCCCUAUGGAAUAUGUAUACUUAGCAUUUAUUUGACAUUGUGCUUAUUGUUAAUACAUACUUAUACUUAUUUAAUUUAUUAUCUUAAGAAUGUUAACUUGAAUUAAUGUUGAAAACUUGUUUUUGUAUAACCUACCAUUCAUUUCAAAGGUAUGACAACAGUGUGCAGUAUGACACAGAUAUGUUGUAAUUACAUGUAUAAAGCCUAUUGAAAGCCUAUUGAAUAGGGUUAACGAUGCAAUGUAAUUGAUUCUUAUACUGCUUGAUUGUCUGUGCAAUGCUCCUCUGCUCUUUUAGGUCACUAGUGCAGGUUUUUUUUUUUUGUUUCAGAAUAACUUGACAUUUACAGGUACCAUUAGUGGGGAUGUGUGUGUGUGGAAGGAGCACAUUCUAGUGAGAAUAGUGGCUAAAGCCCACACAGGGCCUGUAUUCACCAUGUACACCACACUAAGAGAUGGCCUCAUCGUUACGGGAGGCAAGGAAAGACCGUGAGUACUGCUCCUCUCCUCUCCUCACUGUACCAGCUACCACUGCUGUUAGCCAUGUGAUUAAUUAAUCAAAGUUUUCUUACAUAAACAUAUUUAGGACUGAGUAUGAAACUUUAAUGGAAACUCAGAUUUCGGUAUACAGCAACAGUGUUGUGUUUGGUGCCCCCUACAGGUCAAAGGAAGGAGGUGCUCUGAAGCUAUGGGACCAGGAGCUGAAGCGCUGUAGAGCCUUCCGCCUGGAGACGGGACAGAUCAUAGACUGUGUGCGCUCCGUAUGCAGAGGAAAGGUAGACCAUUCCACCAUCCAGUGGGUAUGAAGAAUAGGGUAACGAGCCAUGCAAGUCUAUAUCUGUAUUCCUCAUCCACAUUUCCCUUGUUGCUGUUCUAGGGGAAAAUUCUGGUAGGAACCCGGAAUGCUGAGAUCAUUGAGGUGGGGGAGAAGAACGCAGCAUGCAACAUCCUGGUGAACGGCCACAUGGAUGGACCGAUUUGGGGCGUCGGCACCCAUCCCACACGGGACGUGUUCCUUUCUGCUGCAGAGGAUGGCACUGUGAGGCUGUGGGACAUCCCAGAGAAGGUCAUGAGCCCCUUUACAAUGACUUGUUAGCCAGCCAGCUAGUCUCAGUUUAUAAAGAGCUAACUUAAUUUGAUGUAAUCUUUCAUAUGGAUGUAUUGUACUUGAUUCUGCUGAUGUGUUGUAUGUGAGGCACUAGAAGAACCUUCUGUGUUGACUUUCUCUAUGUUGAAUCAUUUUUGGGGUAACAGAAGAUGCUAAACAAGGUGAACCUGGGACACCCAGCUCGUACGGUGGCCUACAGCCCCGAGGGGGACAUGGUGGCCAUCGGCAUGAAGAAUGGAGAGUUCAUUAUCCUACUGGUCACCUCACUCAAGAUCUGGGGCAAGAAGAGGGACCGCCGCUCCCCCAUCCAAGAUAUCAGGUGGGGGAAUCCCUCUCAAAAUCACUCAGAGCCUUUUAUGGGGGAAACUCAUCCCUCAUAAGUGUACUGAGUGUUCUUCUCUGUGUUGUAAUAAGUUUCAGAGGACACAUUUUAACUGAACAUGUUUCUUCUGCAGGUUCAGUCCAGAUUCACGCUACUUGGCAGUGGGCUCCAGUGAGAGUGCGGUUGACUUCUACGACCUGACCCUUGGACCACAACUCAACCGCAUUAACUGCUGCAGGGACAUCCCCAGCUUUGUCAUGCAGAUGGACUUCUCUGCAGACAGCUGCUAUGUUCAGGUAGGCACAAGAUCUGUGUGUCUAUGAUUGUUUGUGUAAGUGCAUAUUAACUCUCCAAUAUGAAAUCAAGACUCACAAUAUUCAUGUUUUAUUGUAUUAUUUGACUGCAUUAUUUGCUAUUACUCCAACAGAUAUCCACUGGUGCUUACAAGCGGCUGGUGUACGAGGUGCCAUCUGGAAAGCAUGUCACAGAGCAGUCAGUCAUAGACAGGAUAACCUGGGCCACAUGGACAAGGUGAGCGUGUUUUAUGUUGGGGCCUCCAUAGUAAUCACACUACUGACAGGGCCAUAUGAAAUCAAUACUGGGGACACAGGGGUUACACCAGCAUUUCCCAAACUAGGGGUCACGACCCCAAGUGGGGUUGCCUGAUUUGAAAAUGGGGUCGCAAGAGAAACUCUGAAAUUAGUCAGUAAACAGAGCAGUUUCUGUUUUCUUCCUACAAAUGUGGCUCUAUCUUUUGAACAGUUUAAGCUACAAAAUGUUAUGACCCCAUCAUGGAAAGUUACGACUCUCAGGAACACGCAUGUUUCCCUCUACAAUGCCCACAAGCCGCGCAGGACUCAUUAGAACAGAGUGGACAAGACCAGGCACUAUAUCAGACUGGGGAGAAAAGAACAUAAUCAAUUAUUGCCUGAUCACAAAAAAGUUUGGGAACCCCUGGGUUACACCAAGUCAAAGCACCACAUGAUCAUUGGAGUUACUUCCUGUCUAACUAACGUGUGAUGUCUCACUGUCUGGCAAGUGUCCUGGGAGAUGAGGUUGUGGGGAUCUGGUCCCGUAACACUGACAAAGCCGACGUCACUUGUGCCUGUGUGUCCCACUCUGGCCUGAACAUCGUUACAGGCGAUGACUUUGGAAUGGUAAAGCUGUUUGACUUUCCAUGUCCAGAAAAGUUUGUAAGUAUAAUCUGUGUUCUAUGAUGCUGAUCUGUGUCUCUGUGUGAAUAUUGAAUUAUGUUUGAUAAUUGUACCUCAUCAAUCCAAGAUAACUGUAAAUUCAUACAUUUCUGCCAUAGAAUAGUGAGCUCUAUUUAUUUACGUCACUAACAAAAAUGAAAUACUGUUAAUUGUUUAUAACUGCUAUUGCAUGUUAAAGAUAACUCAUGAAUUGUAUCAUAUUGUACAGUAGCUUACAUAUUCCCAUAUUGUACAGUAGCUUACAUAUUCCCUUUGACUUAAAAUAGUAGCAUUCAACAGUAAUAUGAAUGGAGAUAUUUAUUUUAUUGGUGAACUUUCACUAAUGUGAUUCAGGCUUAUGUUUGUGGUUUCAUGUGUACCAUUCAUCUGUCUCUGUAAUGUUAGUGUGCAUGUGAUUAACCAUGAUGAUAUACUGUAACUACAGUGCCAACUAACCUAUGCAUCUAUUCUCUGUCUAAAUGAUGCUCAGCUACAGUUAUUUUGGGGUAGCCAUUUUAAUAACACACUUCCUGUUCCCUGCAGGCCAAACACAAACGCUUUCUGGGCCACUCAGCCCACUUGACUAAUAUUCGCUUCACAAGUGGGGAUCGCUUCGUCAUUAGUGCUGGCGGGGACGAUAGAAGGUAUAACUCCAGCUUCUAUUAGUACAAUAUUCCUCUGAAACUGUCUCAAUUUACAACAUUACCAUUAGUGGUGUUUUAAGUUCAUUGUAGCAAUUGACAAUUAAAUAAACAUUUUAAUAUUGAAUGAAAUUGCUUAGUGUUACAAUGCUGACUGUUAAUAAGUGUCUUUCCUCUCCCUUUUCUGUGUCCUCUGCAGCCUAUUUGUCUGGAGAUGUGUCCAUGCCCCUCACUGAGAUUCACACCUGGAGUGACACAUCAUCCAUCCACCACUGUGUCCAGUCCAGGGGGUUGCAUGGGCUUUUCCCAGCAUGGCUAUUCAGAGAGAAGAACCCGCUCCACUCUACUGUGGGAUAACUACACAGCUAGUAAACAUGACUCACUGCCUCAACACUCAGUGCAUGCAUCAGCGUGAGCCUCAUCUACACUACAGCAAAAGCCCUGAUUGUUCUUCCACAAGGUGGAAGACAUCGAACCACUACCGUUGCUAAAUAUCCCUCCAAAACAUCACAUCACAGUUGUAAAACUUCCUAUCAUAUCAUCUGCACAUGAUGUUGACGGU